AUGCCGCCGGAAUUGCUCUGCCGCCACCAAAAUUUCUGGUCGCUGCCGUUUUGUGGCUGUCAUAAGUUACGUUGUCGCUGCCGGAGAAGCUGUUGUGGUCGCCGGAACCAUCACCGGAGCUUCUGCAGCUUGAUUCAGUCUUUAAUCCUUUCUCACGGGUCAAGCUCCGGUAAUUGCGGGUCACGAUUAAAGCUGCCACCGAACCAGUUCGUAGACCGCCGCUGUUUGGUUCAGCCGUUCUUUAUUCGUUCCGAAUUCGGUUUGUUUAUGCCGCUUGUAGCUGUUUCUGCUUUCGAGAGGGAGCAAGCAGGGCCGAGGUUCUAAUUGUCGGUGAUUUCGGGCUGAGCAAAAAGGAAUCAGUUAACAAGUUUGGGUUAUGGCUUGCGUUUUGAGGUAGGGGCG